AGUGCUGGCUUGCCCGGAUGGUCGGCCCUCCUCUCUCCUGCCCACCGUGGCGGCGUCAGUUACCAUGACAGCUGUCCCGGAUGUGAGCGGCGGUGGCUGAUUGGCUGUGCGGCGGAAGGUGGUGAUGUGCGGCCGAAGCCUGGAACACGAGUAGCGGGGUAUCUGGGUGUCACGUUCGUGGAGAGGGUGGCGGUAUCGGGAAUCCCCCGGUAUAUAGACACAGACAGUAACUCCUUCCAAUGUGAUUUCUUUGCUCCGUAGAAAUCGUACUGCUGAUACAGUAACAGUACAGCCUUCCGUGGCGUGACGUCGCCACACGCGAUUUUCCGAAUAGCAAUUCAAAUCAGGACGUGUGUGUAUGGUACCAAGUUAUGACUGACUUUGUUAUGGGUCUUUCUAAUCCUAAAUAACCAGUACAAUAUAUUCAGCUAUGAUGCAACACAGCUGCUAAAUCAAGAAAUACUUUACUUUACAUAAUGGCCACAAGAGCAGAGACCGCAACAGAUGAGAGCACCCAGAAUUCCACCUUAGACCGAUGCUUGGAAGUUCUGAAAGCAGCAAAGAGUGAUAGUGAGCAGUUUGCAGCUCUACUGCUGGUCACGAAGUGUGCACGAGCUGGGGAACUGGAUGCUGAAACAAGGCGCAGGAUUUUCAAUGCAGUUGGUUUCACUUUUCCAAACCGCCUCUUGUUUUCAAAGACUACACCUGAAGGGUGUCCAGACCACUUGUUUCGAAGCCUGGGGCUGACUCUGUUAGCUUGUUUCUGCACAGAUCCCUCUCUAGCUGCACAUCCGCAGGUUCUUAAUAAAAUUCCUAUUCUUAAUGAAACUUUGCUUACCUCAUGCACUCCAGACAGCAAAGACUUGAUUGCCAUGGUAGAAGAUGCUUACCAAUGUCUUGUUGGCAUCAUGACAUCCCCACAGGGAGUAAAACACUUGGUGUCUGGUGGCACUGUAUCUUCCUUGUGUCAGGCUUAUUUGAAUCACAAUCAUGGCUGGAAAAAUGCCCUUCCAAUUCUCACCUCUUUGCUCACCUUCUUGCCAGACAAAUGUUGGAAGAAAAGCAACAGAGAAUGUCAGUGCCUCUUGGUUAGACUCAGUGAAGAGUUUAACAAUGAAGAGGACAGCCGUAAAUUCCACCUAGUAGAAAUCCUUCCUAUUUUCCUUCCACCUUCACCAGUUUUGCUUGAAACCUUGUGGGGCACAGACUGCCUUAAACAUCUAUGCAAAGGUUUACUUAAAGUUCUGAGUAAUAAGCUUAGCAUUUCCCAGCGAGAUCCAGCAUUAAAGCUUGGUGCAUGCCUUUCUCACAUUUACGGCUCAUCUUGGAUCAUUGUUGAAGGUAAAGCAGAAAGGGCAAGAUUCUUGUGUUUACUGGUAAACCUGGCUUGUGUGGAGAUCAGGAUGGCACUGGAAGACCCUGAACCACUUGAUUCAAGACAGGCUGUUGCCACAGCAUGUUAUGCCCUGGUUGAGAUGGGUAUUCAGGAGUGUACAAAAGAGGAGGGUCGUCCAAUGCUCAGAGAAGAACAGAAGUUGCAGCUCCUCCAAGUAAUGCAGGAGGCCUGUGGAGCAGUCAUGUUCUACUUGCAGCAGGUGGGAUGGGAGAGGCUGGAAGAUCCCUUUGUCCUUGCCUCAGUCAGAUUGCUUGGAGCAUGGCUAGCAGAAGAGACAUCCUGUCUCAGGCAGGAGGUCAUCCGGCUGCUGCCUUUCCUGACACAUUACAUGCAGACUUGGUAUCAGCGUGGAGUUUCCUGUAGAAACCAACCCAAGGAAGUAUCCGAGGUGGCAGUACUGAGCAGCAAUUGGGGUUCAGUAUGGCCUGCAGAUGCAAUAAGGUUCUUGCUUCCUGCUCUGUGCCAUCUGAGCGCUGAAGAAGCUCCACGCAGAAUACUGAUCUCUGAAGGAGUUCCUGCCCUCCUCACUGAAUACUAUCAGCAGCAAUGGGAGAUCUUCUCAACUGAAGUUUUGCCCAAUGACACAAAAUAUGCAGCAGAAUUGAGUCUGCAGAGUUGCUAUGGGGUCUUCCUCAACCUGGUAGUGACUGAACCAACUCUUGUUGGUCAGGAAAGCUGUUUUCUGACCCUACUGAAGCUUCUCAUGCAGGCUCUUCCUGUGCAGUUACCAAAAGAAGGUCACAUGAUCUUGGUAGCGAACAUUUCCACUCUGGGGCUGAUGAUGAGCCGGUUGCUGGCUUCUACUGCAGGUUUCCAAGAAAGUGGACCACAAGAGUUCUUUUUUGCAGUCAUUCAAUUCCUGAAACGUUCCCAUGUUGCUUCUAGUGACCCUGAUACAGGAAAACAACACAUUGCACUUCAUCAAGGUUAUGCUGAUGUGUGGGCAGAUAUCUCUGAAUUGUGGUUCUUGGGUGUGCAGGCAUUUUCUGCCUGCCUUCCUCUGUUGCCGUGGUUGUCCCCUCUGGUGCUUAAGUCUGGCUGGUUACAAGAUAUAUUGUCUCUCCUGGAUCAAGUUUCCCCAGAUUCUGUUGACUUGGAACUGGUAACGGUGUUACAGGCCCUACUCAUGGAGCUGGCUCACAGCAGUGUCUCCUGCAGAGAGCUCAUCCAGCAACAUGGAGGGGUAGAGAAGGCUAAUCUAUAUGGCAUGGCUGCUCUAGAACAAUGCUUGUCUGAGAUACUGUGAGCUAUUAGUACUUGGUAUAGUAACGUGGUGAAGAUUGCUCUUGGUUGUAAGGAGGAUGAAUUGAAUAAUAUACUGGAAAAGCACUUACAAGGAAUAAAAGCAUUCAUCUGCUACAGAUUUGAUUUUAAAAUGCAGAAAAAACUAUAUCGUAAUUUUCUUCAUUGUAAGCUAGAACAUUGGAUCUAUGUAAGAAGAUGUGUAAAGUGAAUGAUUUCUUUUAUCAGGUGAUUAAAACUAAUUCCUACCAUAUGCUGAUAAUGUACAUUUAUAUAAUAUUUUCUCCUUAAUUGUCCUUGUGUAGGCAUAAUGUUCCGUAUUGCAGCUUGUGCCCUGUAAGCGUGUGAUAUAUUCAAUAAAAACAUGUUUAAAA